AUGUCAUCGCCCCUUCAGCCUCGUCCAUACAACAACAACCCGGGCUACAUGCCCAACGGAGCUUCUUCCAUCAACCCCGGCGCCGCGCCGCUCCUUCCCAACCAGGGUCGCGUUCUCCAGACUGGCCCAAUCCGUGUCCUGUGCAUAGCUGACGUCCGAGGCAACCUCCGAUCUCUGAACGACCUGGCGCAACAAGCACGAGCCGACCACAUCAUCCACACUGGCGACUUUGGCUUCUACGACGACACCUCCCUGGAGCGAAUCGCUGAAAAGACCCUUAAGCAUGUUGCUCAGUACUCGCCUUUGAUCCACGAGGAUAUCAAGAAGCAGAUUCAACAGGGCGGUCCCGGUCCAGUCAAGAGCCGAUUCGCGCCUCACGAGCUCCCCCUCUCCCAGCUGUCUCAGCUUCUGAGCGGCGAGGUUAAGCUCGAUGUUCCCGUAUACACCGUAUGGGGUGCUUGCGAAGAUGUGCGCGUUCUCGAGAAGUUCCGGUCCGGCGAGUACAAGGUUCACAACCUGCACAUCAUCGACGAGGCCCGAUCGAUGCUCCUGGAGAUUGGCGGAGUGAAGCUCCGUCUGUUGGGUCUUGGCGGUGCUGUCGUCAUGCACAAGCUCUUCGACAAUGGUGAAGGUAGGACCACCAUUGCCGGAGGCCAGGGCACCAUGUGGACCACUCUCCUGCAGAUGGGUGAGCUCGUCGACACUGCCCACCGUGUCUACGACCCCACCGAAACCCGCGUCUUCGUCACCCACGCCUCUCCCGCCCGUGAGGGUAUCCUGAACCAGCUCUCCGUCACCCUCAAGGCUGACUUCUCCAUCUCCGCCGGUCUUCACUUCCGCUAUGGCAGCUCCUACAACGAAUUCAGUGUCAACCCUACCCUCGACCACUACCGCGGCAAGCUUGCCGCCUCCAAGGCCUCCUUCAACGACGUCUGGGAGACUGUCAAGGGUGAGGUCGAGCCCGCCAUCUCCCAGAACGAGGCUCAGCAGAACCUGCUCAAGAACGCCCUCCAGAUCGUGGAGAAAAUGCCUACCACGGCCGCUGGUGGCAACCCCUUCGGCGGACCCGUCGCAGGCCAAGCUCAGCUUGGUCAGGUCGACGAGAGCGCCUUCAAGAACAUGUGGAACUUCAACCUGGCAGAUGCCGCCUUCGGCUACCUGGUUCUUGAGAUCCAAGACGGCCGUAUCGGAACCGAGAUGCGUGCGCAGGGCUUCAACUUCUCACAUAGGGGUGCUAAGACGGCGGCGCCUGUCCCGGCUUCGGCCCCAGCUGGAGCUCCCGGAAACCUCCCAGCUCCCGCCCCGCCCUCGACCCAAAGCACAGCUCCCCCUCCUACCAGCAGACAACCCUCAUCUCAAGCGCCUCCCAAGCCUGCUGUCGCCACACCUCUUCCCCCUGCUAAGCCUGCUACCCCUCAACCCGCGGCCGCUGCUGCACCGCCCGCAGUGCCCCCCAAGGAUGAGCGUCCCGCGCCUGCGGCUGCCAACGGAUCAGCCCACGGCCCUGACCCCGUCUCUUCGCCUGCACCCAAGACUCCCGCUCAAGACAUCAUCGGACUGUUCAUUAUGAAUGUCAGCUCCGAAGAGCAGACGCGCGAUCUCUUCGAUGGUGAACACAAGGCGAAGAUUCUCAAGAUUGAGAAGUGGGGUAACUCGAACAAGGUGGUUCAGUUCAAGACUGUCGAGGACCGUGAUGCCGCCCUUAACAGCCUGCCCGAGGACCUCAAGACCCGCGCCCAGGAAGACCGCUCUCGUCCCCUUGUCAAGGUGUUCCAGCAUCGCGAGACCAAGUUCCAGCCCCGUGGCGGUGCCGGCAACUGGGGAAGCAGCAGAGGCGGCAGCAACUCUGCCAACACUGGCAGUGGCUACCGUAGUGCCGGUGGAGCCAGUGACUCUGAGAGCAACCGCCGUGGCCGUGGAGGUGGUCGAGGCGGCCGUGGAGGCGACCGGGGACGUGGCGGCCGUGGUCGAGGUGGACUCAAGGGUGAUGGUGGAGCUUCACCUGCCCCCGGCCCCGCCACACCGGCGGAGUAG